GUUAAGUAUUAUAUGAAGUACAUGAGUAAGCCACCCCUGUUUUCAUCUGAGUCUGAUAAACAGUCCUGUCAGCAGACUGCAGCGAGUUACAAAGAAUUGAUUGAAAGUCAAAAGAAACAAACAGCUGAGAGAGAUGGCAGGGAUGUUCUCGACAGUUUUAUAUCUCUACUCAAGGAUUACACAAAAGAGGUGAAAGCAGCGAUGGAUUCAUUCAAAGACAGCAUUGAUACCACACUUGCCUCCAAAGCUGAACAACUUGCCUCCGCCGCUAGUGAAUCAGCAGAUCUGAUUAAGAAAUUGAAAGAUGACUUGCUGGAGGGUUUUGGGUGUCUUAGGAAGGAUAUGAAAGAAAAUGAAGAGUUAAGAGAAAUAAUAGCCAGGCAAAACAAAAAGAUCGCGGAACAAGAUUCGGAAAUCAAAAUGCUAAACGCACAGUUGGAAGAUUUUCGAAAACGUGAAGCGAAAGCUUUAGAAAAACAAGAAAAAUUUUUGGAGAGAGAAGACAAGCUGCUACAAAAGCUGGAUGACAUCAGCUGUCAGCAACAACCUCAUCCACAAGUCUUUAAUCCACUAAAUCCAAAGUCCUUCGCCAAUCAACGUCAAGCGUUUGAGCCUUUGCAGUACCCCAAUCAAACAUAUGGCGCUCAGAACCCGUCAGUCGUCGCUUUCCCUGGCCGGACACCGCUUGCUUGGGACAGUGCUGAGAUAAAUCCGUCCAGUUCUAUCCCACUGCAUCACAUUCACCCAGCACCGCAGUUAACCCUUCAGAAUCCAUCCGCCAUAGAAGCACUUCCCUUAAAUGUCCAAGUUCCAACUUACGGACAAGGUACAGGAGUAUCUGACCAUAUUCCUCCGCAGCGACAGGAUGCGGAUGCCAUAGUUCCUUUUUUGAAUACUCAGAGGCAGCCUCUGCCCUCAGCACAGAAUCACCACGUCGUUACACAUCUAACUGCUACGAUCGCUCCGAUGCGCUCUGGUUCUGAUCAGGAUCAGCGGUCAGCUAGCCCACAAGAAAAGGACAUCACAUUAGCCAUGGUAUCGAAAGAUGAAGAAGAGACCUUGAAACAAUCUGAAGAUGUUGUUUCUGCUGUAAAAAAACAGAACAAAGGCGCUUAUCUUACUUCUCCGACGGCUUGUGCAGCUUCUAAUCUUACAAAAACAGUACGGCCAAAGCAGUCCCCUGUAGUUACCGUGCAUCCACAGGUUCGCAUCAAGAAAGAAGAUGAAAAAGGAAAGAUGAAAGUAAUAAUUUCCGGAUCCCCUUGCGCUAAAAAGGCUCGAAAGCAAGACCCUUUAGACAUUUUUGUCUUCGACUUAACAAGUUCUCCAGAUAAAGAAAGCUUUGAUGCUCAGAAAAUUGACAUCAGUUCAACAAAGAAUGUCCCUGAACAACCAGUGAAAGUACAUGCAACGAGAUCCAAGAAAGUGAAAAUGCAAGGGUCAAAAAAAGAUACAGACUAUGUUAAGGAAGUGGACCAAAACAGGGGAGGUUCGACACAAGGCAACUUGACCUUCAAAGUGGUAAAAGGAAAUUCAAGUGAUUCCAGUUUGCGCGGGAAAGUAACUGCCGCCCUUAAAAGUAAGGAGAAGAAUGGUACAGAUCACAAAUCUCGUGGACGCAGUGACACCUCUUCAAAAUUUCAAAGCAACACACCAGACCGCCCAGUCAAAGCCAGCAUGGAAAAUGGUGCACCACGAUCCAAAGUGGCGCAACGUGUGUUCCAGAGGUCCAAGAUGUCUUUUAAGCGAAACCUUGUUGCUGCAAAAAGAGUCUUAUCCUUUGAUGCGUCCAUAUUUGUUGGUUUGGAAGAAGAUGAAAAUAUACAGCAAAUCACUGAGAGCAUCCGUAAGCACACUCAAAAAAGAAGAGCUGCCAAUGUACGUUAAUCACGGAACUUCUUCAUAUCCGGACGAUUUUUUAGCUUGAUUUCCGCUCGCCCUGGAAAAGUAGAGCGCUAGCUCUAUGAAAAAAUUUAUUUUAUUACUUAUCAUAAAUGCUAUUCAAAGAAACACAUUUAAAUAACAUAUUUAAAGACAUACAUAU